AUGGAUUUAAUUGAGGUUGACGAUGUCUUCUCCAUUCUUCAAAUUGAAUCAGAUCAAACAACAUCAAUCAAAGAAGUUUUAGGUAUUCCGGGCAAAGACAAUCUGGGCAACUAUUCGUUUUUUAUCAUGCCCAGUAUUCGCUUAAAGCUCGAAAAAUUUAUACGUUCACUGCGUACUCUUCUUACAGCUACUGAUUCUACAUCUUCAUUAGCUGGCACGCCUUUAACGGUUUCAUUUGAACUUCUUCAACGAUUUCCAUUCUUGAUCGACCUUAUACAUUGUUUGGAAUCGAACUUAUUGACGGAUUUUUCAUUGGAUUUUAUUUCAAAUCUUCUAUCUAACAUCACAUGUUCUAAAAAUGCAUUUCGCUACCAACAAUCCGUGAAAGAUUUCGCUGCUUCCCUCUAUAUUCUUGGAGGACGUAACGUUUAUGAAUUUGUUCGAUUAAAUAUUCCUGGAUCUAUUCCUUGUUUAAAUAGUUUACGAUCGCUUCUCACAUCUUCUAAAAAAAAUUUCAUUGAAGGUGAUUUUCAAUAUGAACAUUUGAAAGAUUUUAUCAAUAUGUUUGACUGUAAGUACGCAUUCUGUGGAGAAGACAGUACUUCAGUCGUACCAAAAGUCUCUUACGAUUCACGUUCAAACUCGUUUGUUGGUUUUACGCUUCCACUUAACAAUGGAUUUCCUUGCGCUCGUUAUUUUUCUACUAAUUCAUUGAGUACACUUGAAAAGUGGUAUGAAGAAGUAGAUAAAUCAUUUCUCAUCAACAUACACGUUAUUCAAGCAGUAUGUUCUAUUGGUCAACCAUCACCAUCGCCAUUUCUCCUUGCUGCUUAUGGUACUAACAGCAAAUAUACGUCUCAAGAUAUUCUUGAGAGAUGGUCAAGCAUUUUUGAUUCAUGUAUGACUCAAAAUAUCCGAAUUUUAGGUUUUUCAGCAGACUGUGAUCCAAAACAAAUGAAAGCGAUGCGUGAUUCGAUGGGAUUCUUUUCAAAGUUUCAAACCGGUUUUGAAGAACAUCCUAAUCAUUUAGAAAUUUCUUUUUUUAAAGUGAGUGAAUAA